UCAGAGUCCUACAGUUCAUACCAGACUCCACAACAUAACCCAGGACUGGAUUUGACCAACUCUACUCAGCAAAUGCCUCAAUUAUACUCACAAGCUCCUGGUCCCAAUGGUCCAUAUGGUGAAGUUAUUGAUCAGAGUUCCCAACAUGGCAGUCCAAGACAUCAACCACCACCAGGUUACCAACAUACCAGCGACCCCUUGCUCGGAAAGAACCUACUUCCUAUGGGACAUAUCCGCAGUCCGUUUGACCAAGACAUCUGGACAAGGCGACAGAGUGGUCACAAUUCUGAAGAGGAGAGUGGUGUGGAUGUGAAUUCUUCCACUGAGAGCAUGGAACGAAAGCUGGCACAGAUUGCACAUGAUCAACCAGAUGUUGUAAGUACUGCAUCUAGUGGUAGCAGUAGUAGUGGUGGCAGACCAUAUAUUGUAGGUGUGAGUACAAAACCACUGUCUAAACCCAGCCAUAGUUAUGAAAAUGUAUUGACAUCACAACCGCCAGAUAUAUAUACAG